CCGUGAGUACCAGUGUCCCUGAGCUUCGUUUGUUUCCGUUUCUGGGCGUUCCCGAUGGGUGCGUAGGGGUUUCGUUUGGAUAUGUCGACGGUGCCGAUGUUUAAGACAACAACGCGGGUUGUGCCUUUACCUCUGCCACCUCGUACAAUGGUUUUCCUCGAUGGCACCCUCCAUGAUUCGUUCGCGCCGCCAUGGCUGCCCUCGGUCUCGGAGUGGUUACCUUGAGGUGUGCUGUGGUGCUCGCUCAAAGCUACCGACCCGAGAAUACGCGCGCCGAAAUGGCUGCACCGGUCUUGAGUGGUGGUGGCUUUGGGUGUGUGCCACGGUGCUCUUCAAUGCUAUCAGCUGAGAAUACGUGCAUCGUGAUGGCUGCCUCGGUCUUGGAGUGGCAGCUUUGGGAAUGUGCUGGUGUGUGCUUCAAUGUGGCCCCGAGAAUACGUGCGUCAGAUGACUGCCUCGGUCUCGGUGUGGCCACAUUGGAGGAUACCACGGCACACCUCGAAGCAAGCUGCUCAGAUUACGCGCGUCGAACGGUUGCCUCGGUCUCAGAGUGGCUGCAUUGAAGGGUACCAUAGCACACUUCGGAGCUACCGACUGAGAAUACGCGCGCCGCAAUGGCUGCAUCGGUCUCGGAGUAGUAGCUUUGGAGUGUGUUGUGGCGUGCCUGCAGGCUACCAGCUGAGAAUACGUGUGUCGAAUGACUGCCUCGUUCUUGGUGCGGUGGCUUUGGGU